AUGCCUCCUAAGAAGGAUACAUCCAAAUCGACUGAAAAAUCAAAAGAAGCUGAUGAUAAAAUGAAGAAGCUCUGUGAAGAAAAAUAUAUGAAGGAGCAUGAGAAGAGAUCUUAUCUGGAUGAUCCAUACAAGUCGAAGGCAGGCUCCUCGAAGGCGAAGAAACCCAAAAAGGUAAAGUCUGUUCCAAGCCAUGUUUCAGGCGACAGUUUGGAUGAAGAGGGCGAAGAAGAGUCUGACUACUACUUUCCCAUUAAGAAGUUUCUUCCAAAGAAGAAGGAUCCAAAGAAGAAGGACCCAAAGAAGAAAGAGGAGGAAGAAGAGGCUUCAGAAGAAGAGGACGAAUUCUGGGAAUAA